GCCCAGGAGAAAAGUAAUAAUUUCAAACCGAUCUUCAAGUGUGCUACAUUUACUAGAUUGUCUGGACCAUCCCAUCCCGUAGGUUCUUCCAACAUGCCAAACCGAGUAAUAUUGUGGACUACCUUCAGAAGUGUAUCCACGGCAUUCACGCGCUCGAUGGGACAGAUUCCUGGGGUCGAGAUAUGGCCCGAGCCAUUCGGAUUUGCCAAUACCGCAAAGAUCAACUACGAGUUGAACGAGGGCAUCGAUCUGCCGACAUCGUAUGAGGGAAAUGAGGCCGCCUUUGAUAAGGCAGCUCAGUAUAUUGGGAAAUUGGUAGCGCGAAAGUUCAAACCAGAAGCGUUGUCAUAUGACAGUAUAAGAACGAUGCUGGAGACUUCCACGGCAGAGAACGUAUUCGUGAAAGACAUUGGUCUAGCGAUGCAAUCGAGGGAUCUGAGAGAAUUCAUUCCAGAAGGCUAUCGGCACUCCUUUCUGAUCCGCCAUCCACUCUUGGUAUACUCAUCUCUGCAUAAAGCCAACUACAACCAACUGAGAAACGUUAAUCUACUUCAUGCAGACGAAACCAACGAGGAUGAAUUCGAUCAACGAAGGCACAAGGACCUGCUGGGAGACCCCUCCCAAUUCUUCAGCAGUCUACACGACGUCUGGUUAUACAUCAAAGGAAACAUCGAUCCUGCACCACCUAUCAUUGAUUCUUCGGAGUUACUGCGGAACCCUGACGUGAUUAUGCCUAAGUACUGCAAGGCUGUGGGACUCCCGUAUACAACACAAAUGCUGAAAUGGGAACCAUCUCUGGAUGUUAUUCAGUCCUGGAAGUGGUCUUCUGAAAUCAGUCAGAACACGAGUUACCUAACCAAUCUGAUCUCAAGCACGGGAUUCUCUAAACCUCAAGACCUUCCAUCUCUUGACACAGUAACCUCUGAUGUCGUUCAGUUGGCCAACGAAGCAUUGCCGUUCUAUGAAGAAAUGUACAGCAACCGUCUACUUUAAGAGAAACUCCAUUUGAUUUGAGCAUCUAUACCCAAGGUGCAAAAGCCUCUCCUUAAACACUAGUUGUGGAACUUCUCGAAGGCAACUAAGUCAUAGUGAGAAGCCCAAAAGUGUACCAAAUGGCAUAAAAAUUAAUAAAUCGCUUUGAAACUUCAUUGAUGCUACAUGUAGCUUCAUGAUAAUUAUAGGAAGCAUAGUUAGGAGGCCUUUCCAUGAAGAUAUUUUCCUAGUGACUGACCAGCAGAGUAAUUAGCAAAUACAAUGAGGGGACCACAUGACGUAUGGGACAACAUUUCUGAAAAGCUGCGAGCGGGCAAAAAUAUUGACCCUUUAAGCUAAAGUCAAAUUUUGUGAUAGAUUUUGGCAUAAUA